UAAGGUUUGUUUAUUUUUAUUAUUUUUUUGCCGACUUGUACUUUUCUGGCUAAUUUCGACGACUGCCAGCUUAUUGUUUCUUUGUUCACACUCUAUUUUUUUCUUGUUAAAAUGUUCACACACUCUAUAAUCUCAAUAUCUUCUGAUAAAUAAAAAUACUUUUGAAAUAAUCUACCAUCAAAUUUUCUCUCAUUAUCUGAGUCGGCCAAACUCAGAUUCAACAUUACCACGCUUCUCUAAUUGUAUAAAUAUACAUUGUCCAAAAUAUAAAUCUAUUCACAUUUGUCUUUGUAUUUUUCCAAGAAGAUUAUCAGGAGACAAAAAGAAACUGAUGGAGAAAUUUGCACGCAAGUCUGCUUUCAUCGUCUUUUUAGCUUUGGCUUUGAUGGCGUCUGUAACAGUCCACAGUGUUGAGGCGAAACGUAUGUUAAACGAAGAAACUUCUCUGCCCUCGGUUGAUCUCGAAACUUCAAUCCCGACGGUUAAACCACUAGGAGGAGGGUUUGGUUUUUGUACGCCAGAAUGCAAAGAGUUAUGUUUUGGUACCGGUUGUUACUGCGUAUGUCCUACUCCUCCAGCAAAUAAAUAAAUUACAUGAUCAACUUCUCACUAAAAAAUAUUUGUGAGAACUG